AUGUCGCAACGACCAAACGACCCCCCUGUACGACCUUUAAUGCCCCCGGCAAAUGGACAACCCCGCGAUCGAUCCACUGGACCCGAGUCGCCUUUUAUCCGAUCUGAUAGAGGCUCAUUUCGCCAGACCCCAUCCCGAAUGAACAACGGACGAACAAGCGGGGAGUUAGAGGGUAGUACAUUGGGAGGCAGUUCCCGUGACGGAACUCGCAGGGCACCGGGCCAACGAAGGACCCAGAGCUCAAGUGGAUUCUUGCUUGACUCUCUUCCUCGUUCGAGAAGUACGAGAGCUAGCCUGCAUCAGCCUUUCCCGUCAGAACCACCCCAAGUAACGCGCAGCGUCCCCGAGCCGGACAUCGUGGUCCCCAAGAAACGCUCGCGAUUUACAUGGGGCCGGCUUAAGCACCAUACGUCUGAUCUGGGACCGGACGAUCCAAGUUCGAGCCCGAUCAGUGCUCGACAAUUCUCUACGCCUUCGGACAGCCAACCGCCUGGAGGCUCCUUGCAGCACGAGGUAAACGAAGAUAACGAGGAACAGCCGCAUUCGGGGCUUGAUAGAGAUUCAAUUCAGAUUGUGAAUCUAGCUCUAAAUCUUAACGAAUCUCGGAGGAGAGCAGCUUCCGGGAUACCCCCGGGCACUCAGAGCCAAAGGCCAAUAUCCGUCUCUCAGCCUGCUGUCCCAGUAGACAGCUAUGCAUACCACCCACGAGGAAGGAGUUUCCAGCGAGACUCGUCAUAUCGCAGUUUUACGCAUAUUUCUAGUAAUCGAUUGUCACAAGGGACACUACCGGGCUUAGAGCAGUCAUCUGUUGUCAAUUUGUUACCUAGAUCCGCGGUUGAGGACCAUCGGGCAUACGAAUUCUCAGAAAAUACUCUGGCCCGAGCCGAAAAAGCACGCAACUAUUUUGACCUCUUUCAUGAAUAUAUGCGGCUACUUCCCUCGCUACCACCCCUUCGAGAUGCGGUCAAGGAAGGCGCUGAGUCCAAACCUCAGCAGCCUCACCGUGGAUAUAACCCACUUCAAAUGAUUCGCAACCGGAAAGUCAGAUAUCGUGAGAAAUGCUCCAUUGACGCAGAUGCCGAGGGAUGGCACGAAGUGGAAAGAGUGCACCAAUGGAUCAAUCACAUCGAGCAAAAAUACAGCCAAAGAGAGCAUGAUCAACUAGAUUGCUUGAAAUUGCCACCAUUUCACCAAGGUCGGCGCCAUGCCUCCUCUAUUGGAGGAAAUGAGUAUACGGACAUUGUGCCUACCUCUCCUCCCUCAAGUUUGCGGCGUAUUAGCCGAACUAGCAGCAUGAAGGCUCGUCGGCCACGUAUUGAUUGGAAGAUCUCGCCAGAAGAACUCUUGGCUGAUGCCGCUUGGCUAGAAGAUGGUAUUAAUAAGACGAAAGUAGUGGACAAGGAGGGUUAUAAACUCUAUCCUGACCCUACAAAGCUGGUCAUCAUGAAGACACAGGAUGCAUUCGUGACACCGCAGAAGCAACGCCGCUCGGCCGAAAUGGGGGAUAUCGGCGAGACCCAUUCGUCGCCCCGUACCUCUUACUCCAGUGCGCACCCUGCACUGGCACAGGAAUUCAGGAGUGUGGGUCGUGGGCGACACAGGCACAAAUUUCGAAGUCAUUCACAAAGUUUACGCAGCCGGAGCGCCUCCAGCAAACGAAAGCCGUCACGGUGGGAUAGAGUCAAAAUGCGCUCGGGGAGCGUCUCGAGUACAUCUAGCUCGGAUUCUCUCCCUUCAUUUGACGGAAAGCCUGGCACAUCUCGCGAGCAUCCCCGUGCGCAUGCCCAAAGAUUUGUCGACCAUGCACAAUCGGGAUCUCGGAUAUCUCGCGCCAAAUCCCCCGCCAUUCACGACACUGAUAUUGAUCGAGGAAGGACACCUCAACCAACGGAGCCGCAGUCUCGUGGACAUAGAACAGGCUCUAUCUCAUCGACAGGCAGCCUUGACGAUCAGCAAGAUCCUCGGAUGUCUUUGGAAGGAAUGGAUAGCACCGCACCUAGCUCUCCGGCCCAUGUUGGCUACUUCCCGAGCAUAGCAGUAAACCUGUCACCCCCGCCAAGCCGGUCUCCCUCGCCCGUGAAGAAAGGUCUUCGUCAUAAGAUUGCCUCACGCCACGAGCGUAGCAAGAGUAAGCAAGCAGAUCGUGAGCGGGAUCAGGACCGUGAACACGAGGAUGAAUUGCCAGAACAUGAUAUCUCACACCAACGAAAUGUGACGGCCCCGGCACGGACGGAGAGUGCGUCAAAACUUGAGCCAAGUCCUCUUCCUGAUGUUGUAUCAUCAUCUUAUCGUGAUGAUCAAGAUAUACAUGAAGGGAACCGGGCAGAUACACACCGAUCUCGUAAAGGACCACAUCUUCCUGAAUCAAAGCUACGAGGAAUUUUCAAGGGACCAGGUCGGAUAGCAGAAAUCGUGGGUAAUGAGGUCUCUAAGGUUGGAGAUCUCAUUCUGAAGAAAGACGCAGAUCCCGAAUCUCGGAAAUCGUCGUCAGCCACUACUUUUGCGUCAGAUGAUAGCGAUUCAGAUGCAGAAUCUAAAGGUGACAAGAAGUCUAGUUCCAAGGGACUUUUACGGCGCCUACCAGCGUUUGGAGAUGAGCCUGGGCGAUUGACCCGCAGAGAUUUGGAGAAGACCUCAUCUCGAACCUUCAAACCUUCACUGCCAACCUUCAUAUCACCCUUACGGCAAGAUGAACGAAGCCAAGCAUAUGAAGCAACCGAUCUUGGCAGCCCUCGUGAACGACUAUUGGCUCCACGGAAAGAUGAUUCUCGUGAGUCCACUAAGAGACUUCCGCUGCCACGCAGCAAAACCAUCGAUUUCAGCACUUCUCUGCACCCUGGGCGGACAAAGCACCACGAGAUUAAAGACCCUUCCAUCCCUUUCAGCUUGACACGACCUCCUGUGACUGGACUCGCCAAUGCUCGGGCAUCUCCGGAGAUUUCUCCAGAUGGAAGACGCCCCGGGCUUUCGGGGGCCAGUCGUGCCUGGAGUAUCUCGGGGCGCAGUCUGCAAACCUUGGUUGACACAGGUGUUCCUGGCAAACCAGAGGUCGAGCGCACACGAGCUCUUCUUUUGUCAUCAGGGAUUAAAGCUCGGGAAAUUACUCGUCGAGCUCACACUGCCCGCGAGCCUGCUCCUCACUGGCUUCAAAGCUCCAUAGGCCCUGGCGUAUCUCUUCCCCGAGUAACUCGGAUCAACGAAUUUGAUCUUGCCGCUCAGAAUCUCCUCCAGCGCUUUGAGAUGACUCAACAAUCUUUCCAACAAUCCAUGCAUCAUUUCUCUACCACCACCUCUUCGCCGCUCCGCACCCAGCUGACGAACUUGGAGAAUCUGGUUAAUCAAUCCUUGGCCCCCCGUGUCCGAGCCACGGCUAACGACGCGGAGGAUAUGUGUGUCCAGCUUAAUACCACCAGCACUCUCGCUGUCAAACAGCUGAGCGAUGCCCUUGACAAAGGCAUUCGCAAGCGUCGCCGUCGGUUGCGGUGGAUUCGCCGCACCGGGUUCAUGGUCCUGGAAUGGGCUCUUGUUGCUAUGCUUUGGUGGGUGUGGUUGAUUGUCAUGGCUUUCAAGCUUGUGCGUGGUGUCUUCCGAGGUGCCUUCUCUGCUGUUCGAUGGGUCUUGUGGCUUUAG